UGUGAGCUCUGUAAUAAAAUCGAGUAACCAAUGGUACUAACAACAAAGUUGACUUUAACAAUCGCAAAUAUAACACGCGUUCGAUGGGCUACCUCUUAAAUGAAUUAAUUGGAGAUACAUAAAAGAAGCAUUAUCGUCUGAUUUAGGAAUGUUGUGUCAAACAUUCAAGAUUUAGUUGACUAGGCAUUAAGUAACCAUGUCAACUCAUUAUUCGUAGUCAACGACGCGUUGACCGAUUGUUGAAUUUGAAUGACGGAUUCAAAAGCUGUCAGAGCGCGAAAAUAUUCGAAUUAUAGUCAAAAAACGAUUCGUCAGGUGUCGGCACCAAUUGGCCACCAAGCAUUUCAAAUUGUUGAAAUGUCAUAUAUGUAUGUAUGUAUGUGAAAUGUACGGUACAUGUGUAGACUAUCAUCACUGUCACGGAACGCUCAAUCAGCUCAAAUAUUGUGUCUUUGAUAUGUACGAAACACAAUAUUAGAAUGCCGAGACUUCGGAGGUGCGAUUUAAUUGAAAAGAUAGCGAACUGUAUGCGGUGAUACAAUCUAUGCAUGCACAGCAAUAUUAGUUGAGUAAACAUCGAUAUGAAGAGCAAGGUUAAAUUCAUUAAAAAAGGAUCAACAAUACUAACAGCCAAACCCUUUGCAUAUGUUCUCAAAUCCGAAUUUAGAAAUGACAGAUGCAAUAAUUGCCUGCAAAGUGGAAAGCUCUUGAAAUGUUCAGCAUGCCAAUGUGUCUAUUAUUGCGAUCAACACUGUCAGAGAGAAUCAUGGGGCGUUCACAAAUUCGAAUGUUCAAAUUUAAAACGUAUAUCUCCAAGAGUGAUUCCAGACGCAGCACGAUUAAUGGCUCGAAUAAUUGUGAAAUUAAAUAAAGCGGGGGGAGAUGAAAAGGGCUACUACACAGAGACGAAUUUCAGAAUGUUUAAGGAUCUCAUGUCUCAUUAUUCCGACCUUAAACAAGAUGCGAAACGCAUGGAACACUUCACUUCUCUUUGCGGGGUUUUAUUCGAAUUUCUCAGAGGAACAACUUUGCCAAAUUCAGCCGAGUUGAUGGGUAUCUAUGGCAGAAUUUGUGUUAACUCCUUUAAUAUAUUAGAUCAAGAGAUGAACAGCAUUGGGACAGGAAUAUACUUAGGACCUUCGAUUAUGGAUCACAGUUGUAAGCCAAAUGCAGUUGCAGUUUUUGAAGGGACUACAAUUAUUGUCAGAGCCUUAGAAGAUAUGCCACGGUUAGAUUGGUCUCAGGUAAGAAUUUCUUACAUUGACUUGCUCAAUUCCACCGAAGAAAGGCAAGCUGAACUAUUGGCUGGAUAUUAUUUUCGAUGCAACUGCGAACGUUGUAUAUCGGAUGAGCCAAUGAUUACGGCUGCUGCUUGUCCAUCCUCUUCAUGCAAUGCUCCUUGCUCAGCAUCAGAAAAACACUGUGUGAAAUGUGGAGAAAAUUUCUCUGAAGAAUUUGAACAAACAUUCAAAGAAGUUACCGCCUUCACAGUCCAUCAUUUACAGAGCAUGAAAACUAUGGCUUAUCUUGAUGUCAGUAAAAUCUGUCUGAAAAGACAGGAUGGAGUCUUACAUUCCCUCAACUUACAGCAUGUACGUACACUAGAUGCUGCUUUUGAGGCAGCAGUAAAUCUAGGUGCUUCUUGGGAAGAUGCUGAGCAGUACGGUUUGAAUCUGAUUCCAGGAUAUCUGUUGUACUACGGAAAUUUACAUCCAUUAACAGGGUUGUUGUACUUGAAAUUGGGAAAAAUACAAUUAUACUUGGGCAAAUCUCUUGAAGCAGUAGAUACGCUGAAAACUGCUGAAUCGGUUUUGAAUAUCACGCACGGCGAACAACAUUCGCUUGUGAAAGAUCAUCUGAGGCCAUUACUUUAUCAAGCAAUUUGUGAAUCUUCUAAAUAAAAUAAACGUUUUUAAAAUGUCCUGGAAAUUUAGUAUCCAUAUCAAUUUUUUAGAGACCAAGUUGCUCCAGAUGUAACAAAUAUUUUCCGACACAAAAUUAAUAUCUAAUCAUCAAAUGACCGAAUAAUUGGCCCUCUUAAACCUGUGAAGACCGACUCUCAAACAAUAGCAAUCAACUCGAUCAAAUAUCGUGACGAUUGAAUCUCUGGCAAUGAAAAUGGACUGCAUUCGAUUUGUUGUACGUACCAAAAUGUGAAAGGUAACUGAACAGUCAUUUUUUCAUACAUGCAGGCAACAUGUUGCAUGAUUCAAAUACAAAAGUUUCUAAUUUCUCAUUAAUGUAUUCGUAUGUUGCGUUUAUGCACCAUAAUUUUUUUGACCAGCUUAUAGAAAAUUCACGGAAAUAGAUACCUAAAAGGCGAAUAAUAUGUUUCAAAAGGGGGAAGGGUUGGAAAAAAGUUUACAAGAUACUGAUUUACUGAAAAAAUGUUUAUUAUGUGAUACUGAUAGAUCUUGCAUACUCGCAAUCAUACAAUAAUUAUUGUACAUGCUAUGCCACAAUAACAAUAGUAACUACACUGGCACUCACGCACACGCUCUCCUUGAGCCUCACAAAUAUUUUCAAAUGUAUUCGAUUAGUACUUCAAUGGAACAUAUAAAAUAAUCAAAAUAAAUUAACAACACACUGAAAUAUUUCAAAGGAAUUGAAUUUCAACUCCUAUAUGGCAAUAUUUCAAAAAGGAAACAUUGCCACCAUGUGUUUCUAGUUUUCUAUGAGGGUGCGGAAGGUCGACAUUUCCUUUUAGCAAAUACAGUUCAAAGUAAUACAACGAUUUCACAGAAUUACCUCGCGCCCUCAUUGCCUAACAAUAAAGUCAAGUCCAGUUCCUUCAUUUUCGA